AGAAAAUCUCGAGAAAAGCAUUUACGUCUCUUUUGCUUCAAGCAAAUUCCCAACCACCCAUUCGAUAGCGACAUGCGAGUUCGAUACCUACUGCAAUGACUCAACUCACCUGGCUGGUGACUGGUUGCUCUUCCGGAUUUGGUGAAGCCUUUGUGCAGAGGAUACUUGCACGAGGUGAUCGUGCUAUUGCCACUGCACGUGGUGACGUUGCACGUCUAGUUUCACUCGAGGAUGUUGGAGCAGCUAUUCUCUCACUGGAUGUGACAGCUUCCCAAGCUGGCAUCAAUGCGAAGGUAGAAGAAGCGAUUGCUAUCUACGGCGGAAUAGAUGUCCUCGUAAAUAGCGCUGGGUACAUCGAGGCAGGAAUAGCGGAGGAAGUCACCAACGAACACUUCAUCGCCCAGUUGAACACCAACACUUUUGGUGCUCUCAAUGUCACUCGUGCUCUCUUACCCCAUUUCAGGGAGAAGAAGUCUGGUGUUAUUGUUUGGACAGGUUCUCUGGGUGGCAUUGCGGGAGAGGUCGGCGGCGCCGCCUAUUGUGCGAGUAAAUUCGCUCUGGAGGGCAUUGCCGAGUCACUGAAGCUUGAAACAGAGGCUUUUGGUGUCAGGUCGCACUUGUUCCAGAUCGGCCAUUUCCGCACUAAGCUGCUUAACUCCAACAACUUCAAAGCCGUGCCGCGAAGUGUCGAUGUCUACAAAGAUAUCAACGAUAUGAUCUUCGAUUUCCUCGGUCAGGCAGACAACAAUCAGCCCGGAGAUCCUGAUAAGGCGGUGAAUAUUAUGAUUGAUAUUGUCAAGAAGGAGGGUGUAGCUGAAGGAAAGACGGAACCGUUGCGCUUGCCUCUUGGAAAGGAUGCGCUGGCCACUCUCCGAAACAAGUACACCAAGUACUUGGACCUGGUCAAUGAGUGGGAGGAUGUUAUUACGAGCACAGAUUACGAUGUACCGGAUGUAAAAGCCAGUACAACUGUGCAGGGCCAUGAAGCUACCGUCCUAUGAGUGGAAAAUAGGUUUAUCGUAACUGUUCAAAUACUGUG